AGCAGUACCUCCUUUCUUUCCCUAGUCUCCAGUUCUCCAGUGUUCACAGGUGAGCUCACCAACAGCCACUGCUCAUGAUGGAGGCCAUCAAGAAAAAGAUGCAGAUGCUAAAGCUGGACAAGGAGAAUGCUCUGGACAGGGCAGAACAAGCUGAAGCUGAGCAGAAGCAGGCAGAAGAAAGAAGUAAACAGCUGGAAGAUGAGCUGGCAGCAAUGCAGAAGAAGCUGAAAGGGACAGAAGAUGAGCUGGACAAGUAUUCUGAAGCUUUGAAGGAUGCCCAGGAGAAGCUGGAGCUGGCAGAGAAGAAGGCAGCUGAUGCUGAGGCUGAGGUGGCCUCCUUGAAUCGUAGGAUCCAGCUGGUUGAAGAGGAGCUGGACCGUGCUCAGGAGCGCCUGGCCACUGCCCUGCAAAAGCUGGAGGAAGCUGAGAAAGCUGCCGAUGAGAGCGAGAGAGGUAUGAAGGUUAUUGAAAACCGAGCUUUAAAAGAUGAAGAAAAGAUGGAACUCCAGGAAAUCCAACUCAAAGAAGCUAAGCACAUUGCAGAAGAGGCAGAUAGGAAGUAUGAAGAGGUGGCUCGUAAGUUGGUGAUUAUUGAGGGAGACUUGGAACGCACAGAGGAACGAGCUGAGCUGGCAGAGUCUAAGUGUUCUGAGCUGGAGGAGGAGCUGAAGAAUGUCACCAACAACCUCAAGUCUCUUGAGGCUCAGGCGGAGAAGUACUCUCAAAAAGAAGACAAAUAUGAGGAAGAGAUAAAGAUUCUUACUGAUAAACUCAAGGAGGCAGAGACCCGUGCUGAAUUUGCUGAGAGAUCGGUAGCCAAGCUGGAAAAGACAAUUGACGACUUGGAAGAUGAGCUCUAUGCCCAGAAACUGAAGUACAAGGCCAUUAGCGAGGAGCUGGACCACGCCCUCAAUGACAUGACCUCUAUAUAAACUGAAAUGCACCAAAGAGGAACACCUCUGUACACAAAGGAUGCUGGACCAGACUCUGCUUGACCUGAAUGAGAUGUAGAGCCACCCCAGUCCCGCCCUGCCGCUGCUCCUCCCUCUGACCCUGACUCCGCCUGAGGCCAGCCUGCUUGAAGCUGACCUUUAAACUGAGGGCUGAUCUUUAAACUGGAAGGCUGCUUUCUCCUUUCACUGCCUCCCAUCCCCCACCCAUGUCUUUUUCGCCAAAUUGUCUCUGCCUCUCCUCAGAUUCUGGUUGGGCUAGAGGCUGAGCACCUUUGGGAACAACAUUUAAGGGAAUGUGAGCACAAUGCCAAGUGUCUUUAAAAGCAUGUUGUGAUUUACACACUUUGUAAUUACCUUUUUUGUUGUUGAUGUGGCAAACAUUUGUAAAACAUUCCAAACAAUUCAGCAGUUGUCAAGAAGUGGUCUAAUCUCUUUCUCACUUUUAGGAGGUAAUUUCAUCUUAAUCCAUGUUGUCUUCUCCAUAGAGGAGGAAAAGAAGUAUGGGCCUGCCUUACUGAGAGCCAAACAGGGCCCAGAGAAAGACUCUACUAUGGGGAAUCAUUGCUUUGUGCAGAGUACCAGCCAAAUCAAAGGUGAUUCCAGGAGAAGUUAGCACCCCCCCUUCACCCCCCUGAAAAAAACAGAGAUGUUCAGGUUUCAGCUUUUAAGGUAUCUUUGGGCAGUCCCCGUCCCCCCCGUCAGAAGUGACCAAAUACAUUAAAAUGAUGAGACCUCUGUCUGAGACCAAAUCCUUGUCCCAUUUCUACACUUUUCCCAGUGGUUCACAGAAUGGAUCAUGUGCCCCUUAUGUUGAAGUGACCAAUUAUUUGCUCUCCUGCCUCCUUGAAAGAAAGAAAAUUAUGUUUUUGCCACUGAUUUAGCCAUAUGAAACUCAUCUCAUCACCCUUCUCUGGGUCUGAAGCUGCUGUCUCUAAAAGUGCCAUCUCAUUGUGCUUUGUAUCAGUUAGUGCUGGAGAAAUCUUGAAUAGUUUAUGUACAAAACUUUUUAAAUUUUGUAUUAUUUUGAAACUUUGCUUCUUUGGGGUUGGGGUACACUGGCCACCCCAUCUGGCUGUGAAGUUCGCUACAGUCUGGGCUGGCAGUGUGCUGAUCUUUAAAAGUUUCUUUCCCUGCCCAAUAACCCAUUUUUGGUGAGGUUUCCAUGAGGUCUGUUAGGUGCGCAUCCUGCAGCUUAUUGACUUAAAAUGUACUCUCCUUUGGUGUGGUCUCUUUGGGGGCCAGUUGGGAGAAAGAAAACCAAUAGUGCAACUGUUUUGAUACUGAAAAUUGAUAAGUAUCUUUUUAAAAUAAAGAACCAGUCCCUCCAACCCUCAGCUCUACUUGACUUUUUAUUU